AUGCUGCUGUGGUUUCCCGUCUUCUCUGCUCUGGCUCUCAGAGCCUGGGGGGACUCCCCACAGUUCUCCUGGAAUGAAACCCAAGCCAGAGGAUUGUCAGAGAAGCUUUGGGACCUGUUUGUUGGCAUCUUACAUCUGACAGUGACAGGGCUUCCCUCAGAGAGUGUGCCCACCAUUGUCCCCCGCAAGGAGUGGGGGGCAAGAUCACUGACGUGCAGUGCCCCGUUGACCCUGCCUGUGGCCUAUGUCAUCACAGACCAGGUCUUGGGGAUGGAGUGCGAGGUGGGGGAGGCCUGCAGCGCGCGGCUGCGGGACCUUCAGUCCCACUCUGUCUACACCAAAGGCUGGUGUGACGUGGCCUACAACUUCCUGGUUGGGGACGAUGGCCGGGUGUAUGAAGGUGUGGGCUGGAAUGUCCAAGGCGUGCACACCCAGGGCUACAACAACAUCUCCUUGGGGCUCGCCUUCUUCGGCAAUAAGAUAGGCAUUAGUCCCAGCCCUGCUGCCUUAUCAGCUGCAGAGGGCCUGAUCUUGUAUGCCAUCCGGAAAGGUCACCUGUCAUCCAGGUAUAUUCAGCCACUAAUCUUGAAAGAGGAGAUCUGCCUGGCCCCUCAACAGCCAGUGAUGCCCAGGAAAGCUUGCCCCAACAUCAUCACGCGGUCAACUUGGGAAGCCAGAGAGACACACUGUCCUAAAAUGAAUCUCCCCGCCAAAUACGUCAUCAUCAUCCACACGGUUGGGUUACCCUGCACAGUGUCCAUGGACUGCCAGAUUUAUGUCCGAGAUCUACAGUCCUACCACAUGGAUGCCAGGGGCUUCUGUGACAUCGGGUAUAACUUCCUGGUGGGUGAGGACGGUGGUGUGUAUGAAGGAGUUGGCUGGAAUAUCCAAGGAAGUCACAGCUAUGGGCACAAUGAUUUUGCCCUGGGAAUCGCCUUCAUGGGCAAUUUUAUGGAAAAGGCACCGAAUGCCGCAGCGCUGGAGGUAGCCCAGGACCUGAUCGAAUGUGCUGUGAACAAGGGGUACCUGAUUCCCAACUACCUCCUGGUGGGGCACAGGGAUGUGAUCAGUACCCUAUCUCCUGGGCAGGCCUUAUACGACAUCAUUAAGUCUUGGCCUCAUUUCAAACACUGA